AUGGAGCGCGGGCUGCACCUCGGCGCGGCCGCCGCGGGCGAAGACGACCUCUUCCUGCAUAAGAGCCUGAGCGCCUCCACCGCCAAGCGCUUGGAAGCGGCUUUUCGCUCCACGCCUCCAGGCAUGGACCUGUCUCUGGCGCCGCCGCCUCGGGAGCGCCCGGCAUCCUCCUCUUCGUCGCCCCUGGGCUGCUUCGAACCGGCUGACCCCGAGGGGGCAGGGUUGCUGCUGCCACCGCCCGGAGGCGGCGGUGGCGGCGCGGGAGCAGGCGGCGGCGGGGUGGGCGUCCCCGGGAUGCUUGUGGGCUCUGCUGGCGUUGGGGGCGACCCCAGCCUGAGCAGUUUGCCGGCCGGGGCUGCCUUAUGUCUCAAAUACGGCGAGAGUGCUAGUCGGGGCUCGGUGGCCGAAAGUAGCGGCGGUGAGCAGAGCCCCGACGACGACAGCGACGGGCGCUGCGAGUUGGUGCUGCGGGCCGGAAGCGCGGACCCGCGGGCCUCCCCGGCCGCGGUGGGCGGUGGCGCCAAGUCGGCAGAGGGUUGCUCUAACGCCCACCUCCACGGCGGCGCCAGCGUUCCCUCGGGGGGCCCGGGCGGCGGCGGCGGCGGCGGCGGCAGUAGCAGUGGCGGCAGCAGUAGCAAGAAAUCCAAAGAGCAGAAGGCGCUGCGACUCAACAUCAACGCCCGCGAGCGCCGGCGGAUGCACGAUCUGAACGACGCUCUGGACGAGCUGCGCGCUGUGAUCCCCUACGCGCACAGCCCCUCAGUGCGGAAGCUCUCCAAGAUCGCCACGCUGCUGCUUGCCAAGAACUACAUCCUCAUGCAGGCACAGGCCCUGGAAGAGAUGCGGCGCCUUGUCGCCUACCUCAACCAAGGCCAGGCUAUCUCGGCCGCCUCUCUGCCCAGCUCGGCGGCUGCGGCUGCGGCGGCCGCUGCCCUCCACCCAGCUCUCGGUGCCUAUGAGCAGGCGGCCGGCUAUCCGUUCAGUGCCGGGCUGCCCCCUGCCGCCUCCUGCCCUGAGAAAUGUGCCCUGUUCAACAGUGUCUCCUCCAGCCUCUGCAAACAGUGCACGGAGAAGCCUUAA